AUGAGCAGAAGCCAGACAGAGGGAAACCGGGUGCUGGAGUCAUCAGUCAGAGAGGCCGCUCGGCCGGCAGGUGCCCUGUUAGAACCAGCACGCGGGCGACGUGCCCAGCCAGAACCAGCACACAGGCAACAUGCCAGCCAGAACCAGCACGCGGGCGACGUGCCCAGCCAGAACCAGCAUGCGGGUGACGUGCCCAGCCAGAACCAGCACGGGGGCGACGUGCCACACAGGCAACAUGCCAGCCAGAACCAGCACGCGGGCGACGUGCCCAGCCAGAACCAGCAUGCGGGCAAUGAACUCCUGCACCCUGCAGUGCCCGUGACUCUGCGCAACGACCUGCCAGCCUUGCAUGCAGCCAGGCGCCUCUUCUGUGUCCCAGGGCGCGUCACCUGCACCCGCAGCCUCCUGCCGGACCACACCCAGACCUCACACCACGCCCGCUGGCAGAUGGAGAUUAGUGGCGGCAUCUGCUCUCGGGUUGUCAUGACGAUGAGAUCGUUAGCGCCGGGCACGAAGCGGCUGCCCCAGGCCCUGAUCGUGGGCGUGAAGAAGGGCGGCACGCGCGCCGUGCUGGAGUUCAUCCGCGUGCACCCGGACGUGCGGGCCUUGGGCACCGAGCCCCACUUCUUCGACAGGAACUACGGGCGCGGGCUGGACUGGUACAGGAGCCUCAUGCCCCGCACGCUGGAGAGCCAGAUCACGCUGGAGAAGACGCCCAGCUACUUCGUCACCCAGGAGGCCCCUCGGCGGAUCUUCAACAUGUCCCGGGACACCAAGCUGAUCGUGGUGGUGCGCAACCCGGUGACCCGCGCCAUCUCCGACUACACCCAGACGCUGUCCAAGAAGCCCGACAUCCCCACCUUCGAGGGCCUGUCCUUCCGGAACCGCACGCUGGGCCUGGUGGACGUGUCCUGGAACGCCAUCCGCAUCGGCCUGUACGCGCUGCACCUGGAGGGCUGGCUGCGCUACUUCCCCCGCGCGCAGAUCCACUUCGUGAGUGGCGAGCGGCUCAUCACCGACCCCGCGGGCGAGAUGGGGCGGGUGCAGGACUUCCUGGGCCUCCGCAGGUUCCUCACCGACAAGCACUUCUACUUCAACAAGACCAAGGGCUUCCCCUGCCUGAAAAGGACGGAGGCGAGCCUCCUGCCGCGGUGUCUGGGCAAGUCCAAGGGCAGGGCUCACGUGCAGAUCGACCCCGAGGUCAUAGACCAGCUGCGGGAGUUCUAUAGACCUCACAACAUUAAGUUCUAUGAGACGGUCGGGCAGGACUUCCGGUGGGAAUAGGCCUCCGACAGGCCAGGUCUCUGUGGGUCUGUGCCACGGGUUUGUUCUGGGGGCCUGUGACCCCCUCCCCCAGCAGAGCUGGGCUCCAGCGCCUUCCCCAGCUGGGACUCCAUCAUCCUGGAACCAGGGAGCCCAGCCCGGGCGAAGGGUCGGGGGCCCUGCCGCUAGCUCUCCCCCGUCUGCCCAGGCCACACUGACCUGCUUCUGGCACGUCCAGCCAAUUCCGAAUCACUGCCCUCCGGCCCGUAGGCCGCCUCGGGAAGUUGCUUUCGGAAGAGUGGAUCUUCCCGUUCUGCUCGCUGUUACCUGUGGUGAUGGCUCUGUUGCUGUGAGCACAGCGGUCUGUCCUUGUCACUGUCCCCCCCAGAGUGAGCUUGCUAAUUCUGUGUGUCAUGUAUUUCCCUCUGAGCUUUCCUCUCCCUGGCUGGUGACAUGGGGCACCGUCCUCAUCCUCCCGCCCUUAGCAGCUCAUCAAGAGACGCAGAGCGGAUGCGCCCCCUGGCCACUGCGAGGAGACGGACCCUCUGAUGAGGGAAUAAACCGGAGCUUUCUAAGGCUGAGGCCUCAGCCCUGCUCGAAGGAGGCAGGCUUCGAAGAACGCUUGGUGACUCUCCCUGCUCCCUGUGGACAAAAGCACAUAAUUCUGCUGUUACGGGUACUUGCCUCACGCGAGCUUUCAUGUUCAGCAUGCAACAGAACAUGCUUGUCCAUGUGAAAUAAAUAUGGCUCCCUUGUG